AUGGUUAUGAAGCCUGAAGUUGAGCAGGAAUUGGCUCAUGUGCUAUUGACCGAGCUACUGGCUUACCAGUUUGCUUCUCCCGUGAGAUGGAUUGAAACACAGGAUGUGUUCUUGAAGGAUUUUAACACGGAGAGAGUUGUUGAAAUCGGUCCUUCUCCCACCUUGGCAGGUAUGGCACAGAGAACGAUGAAGAGCAAGUACGAAUCGUACGACGCGGCGCUGUCGCUGCAGAGACAGGUCCUCUGCUACGCCAAGGAUACCAAGGAGAUCAACUACACUCUGGAUCCUGAGGAAUUAGCCUCUAAGAAGGCAGCUGCUGGUGGCUCCGACACUUCGGCGGCUCCGGCAGCCGCCGAGCCCGCAGCCGCGGCUGCGGGGCCUGCUGCUCCUGUGGCUGCUGCUCCUGCGGCAGCUGCUGCUCCAUCCGGUCCAGUUGCUGAAAUUCCAGACGAGCCGGUCAAGGCUUCGCUGUUGCUGCACGUGCUUGUCGCUCAGAAGUUGAAGAAGAGCUUAGAUGCCGUUCCACUGUCGAAGACCAUCAAAGAUCUGGUCGGUGGUAAAUCGACGGUUCAGAACGAAAUCUUGGGUGACCUGGGCAAAGAAUUCGGCACUACUCCUGAAAAACCAGAGGAAACACCUCUAGAGGAAUUGGCGGAGACGUUCCAGGAGAGCUUCUCGGGCUCGUUGGGUAAGCAGUCUUCGUCCCUGAUCUCAAGAUUGAUGUCCUCCAAGAUGCCUGGUGGUUUCACGAUCACUUCUGCAAGAAAGUAUUUGCAAAGCCGUUGGGGUUUGGCUAGCGGAAGACAGGAUUCUGUGUUGUUGAUCGCUUUGACCAAUGAGCCCGCUUCCCGUCUAGGAUCCGAGCCAGAAGCAAAGGCUUUCUUGGACUCCGUAGCUCAGAAGUAUGCCUCUGUCGCGGGUAUCGAUUUGUCCGCAGCUUCUGCUGGUGCUGGCGCUGGUGCUGGUGCCGGCGGUGCAGGCGGUGCAACCAUCGACGCUGCAGCAUUCGAGGAGUUGACCAAGGACCAAAAAAUCUUGGCACGUCAACAACUGCAGGUCUUGGCUCGCUACCUGAAAAUGGACUUAGACAGUGGCGAAAGGAAACUGCUGAAGGAGAAGGCCAACGCAGCAGAGUUGCAAGCACAAUUGGAUUUCUUGAAUGCAGAACUGGGUGAGUACUUUGUCAACGGUAUCUCCACCUCUUUCUCCAGAAAGAAGGCGAGAGUUUUCGAUUCCUCUUGGAACUGGGCUAAACAAUCAUUGCUGCAACUAUACUUUGAAAUCAUCCAUGGCGUUCUGAAGAACGUUGAUAGAGAAGUUGUCAGCGAAGCAAUUAACAUCAUGAACAGAUCCAACGAAACACUGAUCAAAUUCAUGGAAUAUCACGUCGCUCACACUGACGAAUCCCAGGGUGAAAACUAUAAAUUAGCAAAGAGCCUUGGUGAGCAGUUGAUCGAAAACUGUAAACAAGUUAUAGACAUCGAUCCAGUUUACAAGGACAUUUCUAAACCAACUGGGCCAAAGACCGUCAUCGAUAAGAACGGUAACAUUAAAUAUUCCGAAGAACCAAAAGAAAAAGUCAGAAAACUAUCUGAAUACGUCCAAGAAAUGGCCAUUGGUGGAUCCUUGGCCAAGCAAGCUCAAUCUACCAUUGAAGAAGAUUUGACUCGCGUUUACAAAGCCAUCAGUGCUCAAGCUUCUAAGCAUGACAUCUCAGGUUCCACUGCCUCUGAGUUCGAAAGAAUUUAUGGUGAUUUGAUGAAGUUUUUGCAAAACUCCAAGGAAAUCGACGCUUCUCAAACCACUCAACUGGCUGGCGAAGUCGAUGAUGCUUUGGACAAGGACUCUACUAAAGAGGUUGCUUCCUUACCAAACAAAUCUAAAAUCUCAAAGACAGUUUCUUCGAUCAUUCCAAGGGAGACUAUUCCUUUCUUGCACUUGAAGAAAAAGAGACCAACCGGUGAAUGGAUAUAUGAUCGUCAGCUCUCAUCUUUGUUUUUGGAUGGAUUGGAGAAGGCCGCUAUCAACGGUGUUACCUUCAAAGAUAAGUAUGUUUUGAUUACUGGUGCUGGUAAAGGCUCUAUCGGUGCUGAGAUUCUGCAAGGUUUGCUUCAAGGUGGUGCCAAAGUAAUUAUUACCACUUCUCGUUUCUCCAAGCCUGUCACGGAAUUCUAUCAGUCCUUGUACGCUAAGUAUGGUGCCAAGGGGUCAACCUUGAUUGUGGUACCUUUCAACCAAGGCUCGAAGCAAGAUGUGGAGGCCUUGAUCGACUACAUCUACGAUGACGAAAAGAACGGUGGUCUAGGCUGGGACCUAGAUGCAAUCAUUCCAUUUGCUGCCAUUCCAGAGAAUGGCAUCGAAUUAGAGAAUAUUGACUCCAAGUCCGAAUUUGCUCAUAGAAUUAUGUUGACCAACAUCAUGAGGAUUAUGGGUAGUGUCAAGAAGCAGAAGUCUAGUAGAGGCAUCGAGACGAGACCAGCUCAAGUCAUCUUACCAAUGUCGCCUAACCAUGGUACCUUUGGUGCUGACGGUCUCUACUCCGAAUCCAAGCUAUCUCUCGAAACUUUGUUCAACAGAUGGCAUUCCGAAUCUUGGGGCAAUCAGCUAACUAUCUGUGGUGCUAUCAUCGGCUGGACCAGAGGUACAGGUUUGAUGAGUGCUAACAACAUCAUUGCUGAAGGUAUUGAAAAGGCUGGUGUCCGUACUUUCUCUCAAAAGGAAAUGGCUUUCAACCUGCUAGGUUUGUUGAUGCCAGAGGUUGUUGAGCUGUGCCAAAAGUCCCCUGUUAUGGCUGAUUUGAAUGGUAGCUUGCAAUAUUUGACUGAUCUAAAGGAUUUCACUGCAAAAUUGCGUAGCGAGUUGACGGAAACUUCAGACAUCAGAAAAGCUGUCUCUAUCGAAACUGCCCUCGAGCAUAAGGUUGUCAGCGGUGACAAAGCUGAUGCAGCUUAUGCACAAGUCGAAGUUCAACCAAAGGCUAACAUCAAAUUGAACUUCCCUACUUUGAAGUCCUACAGGGAUGUCAAGAAAUUGUGCUCAUCAGACUUGGAAGGAUUGCUUAACCUUGAGAAGGUCAUCGUUGUCACCGGUUUCUCGGAAGUUGGUCCUUGGGGCUCCUCCAGAACCAGAUGGGAGAUGGAAGCUUUCGGUGAAUUCUCCCUGGAAGGUUGUGUUGAAAUGGCAUGGAUUAUGGGGUUGAUCAAGUACCACAAUGGUAACCUAAAAGGACGCCCAUACACUGGAUGGGUUGACGCUAAAUCUAACGAGCCUGUUGACGAUAAGGAUAUUAAGAACAAGUACGAAAAGAAGAUUAUUGAACAUGCUGGUAUCAGAAUGAUCGAACCAGAAUUGUUCGAUGGAUACAAUCCUGAGAAGAAGCAAAUGAUUCAAGAAGUUGUCGUUGAGGAAGAUCUUGAACCAUUCGAAGCAUCUAAAGAAACUGCUGAGCAAUUCAAGCAUGAACACGGUGACAAGGUUGAUAUCUUUGAAAUUCCAGAAACUGGCGAGUUCUCUGUGAAAUUGCUCAAGGGCGCUACGCUCUUCAUUCCAAAGGCUCUGAGAUUCGAUCGUCUGGUCGCUGGUCAAAUUCCAACUGGUUGGGAUGCCAGAACUUACGGUAUUUCCGAUGACGUCAUCUCACAGGUCGAUCCAAUUACUCUGUACGCUCUAGUUUCUGUCGUUGAAGCAUUCAUUGCUGCUGGUAUCACUGACCCAUAUGAAAUGUAUGAGUAUGUCCAUGUAUCCGAAGUUGGGAACUGUUCAGGUUCUGGUAUGGGUGGUGUUAGCGCUCUCCGUGGAAUGUUCAAGGAUCGCUACAAAGAUCAACCUGUUCAAAACGAUAUUCUUCAGGAAUCCUUCAUUAACACCAUGUCUGCAUGGGUCAACAUGUUGUUGAUCUCCUCUUCUGGCCCAAUCAAGACUCCAGUGGGUGCUUGUGCCACUGCUGUUGAAUCUGUUGAUAUCGGUGUUGAGACCAUCUUGUCUGGGAAGGCUAAGAUUUGUAUUGUAGGUGGUUACGAUGAUUUCCAGGAAGAGGGUUCUUAUGAAUUCGGUAACAUGAAGGCUACUUCGAAUACCUUGGAUGAAUUUGAACAUGGCCGUACCCCAGCUGAAAUGUCUAGACCAGCUACAACUUCUCGUAACGGUUUCAUGGAGGCCCAAGGUGCAGGUAUCCAAAUCAUUAUGAAUGCUGAUCUAGCUCUAAAGAUGGGUGUUCCUAUUUACGGUAUUGUUGGUCUCACCGCUACUGCUACUGAUAAGAUUGGUAGAUCUGUCCCUGCACCAGGAAAAGGUAUCUUGACCACCGCCAGAGAACAUCAUGGCGGCUUAAAGUUCCCAACGCCUUUAUUGGACAUCAAAUACAGAAAACGUCAACUGGUUAAUCGCCAAAAGCAGAUUAAACUGUGGGUUGAAAACGAAUUAGAUAUGUUGGGAGCUGAGGCCGAAGAUAUUCCAGCUGAAGAUCACGAAGCGUUCUUCGCCGAACGUACCGAAGAAAUCAAGAGAGAAGCUGCAAGUCAACUUAAAUCUGCGCAAGCUCAAUGGGGUAAUGAAUUUUACAAGAAUGAUCCUCGAAUUGCUCCUCUGAGAGGUGCAUUGGCCACAUACGGUUUGACAAUUGAUGAUUUGGGUGUUGCUUCCUUCCACGGUACUUCGACUCAGGCUAAUGAUAAGAAUGAAUCUGCCACUAUCAAUGAGAUGAUGAAGCACCUGGGCAGAUCCGAAGGUAACCCUGUCAUUGGUGUUUUCCAGAAAUACUUAACCGGUCAUCCAAAGGGUGCCGCUGGUGCCUGGAUGUUGAACGGUGCCAUCCAAAUCUUGAACACUGGUAUUGUGCCAGGUAACCGUAACGCUGAUAAUGUUGACAAGAUUUUAGAGCAAUUCGAAUUUGUCCUAUACCCAUCUAAAUCUUUGAAAACAAACGGUAUCAAGGCUGUUUCAGUGACUUCUUUUGGUUUCGGUCAAAAGGGUGCACAGGCUAUCGUUAUUCACCCAGAUUACUUGUUCGGCGCGGUUGAUCAAAGAACUUACGAGAAGUAUGUUGCUAAGGUCACUGCCAGGGAGAAGGCUGCUCACAAAUUCUUCCACAACGGUAUGAUCUACAACAAGCUCUUUGUCAGCAAGGAACACGCUCCUUACGAAGACGAGUUGGAGCAACCAGUUUACUUAGACCCAUUGGCUCGUGUUUCUGCUGAGAAGGCCACCGGUAAGUUGACUUUCGGUGCAAAAUCUAUUCAGAAAUCCAAUAACUUUGUGUCUGACGUCAAUAAGCAAACCGCCACAAUUGUAAGUGACCUUGCUAAGCAAGCUGCUGGUGGCGCAAAGGGCAGUAGCGUUGGUGUCGACGUCGAAUUGAUUUCAAGUGUCAAUAUCGACAAUGAAACGUUUGUUGAGCGUAACUUCACUGAAAGCGAGAUUGCCUACUGUAGAUCUCAGCCAUGUGUGCAAAGCUCCUUUGCUGGGACAUGGUCUGCCAAGGAAGCUGUCUUUAAGUCCUUAGGUGUUAAAUCUCAGGGAGGUGGAGCAUCCUUGAAAGAAAUCGAGAUUACGCGCGAAGGCGGAAAGGGUCCUGAAGUCAGGCUUCAUGGUAACGCAAAGAAGGCUGCUAGCCAAGCUGGUGUUUCAGAUGUUAAGGUUUCGAUUUCCCAUGAUGAUUUCCAAUCCGUAGCAGUUGCUAUUUCCAGUAAGAAAUAA